GUAUCAUCCUCACCAUCUUUUGUCCCAUCAGGCCUCCUUGAACUGCAUUCUUCUUCUCUGUUCGUUCCCGAAACCCUGAACGAACCAGCAAGGCCCAGCAGAAAAUCACUCACCUGCAUCCUCCUUCUCCGGCUCAUGUCAACUACCACCGCCUCCUUUCCUCUGUCGUUCGUGCAACUUGCCUGAGGAUCCCCAGUGCCGCGAGUCCACUCCCCUCUUCCCCGGUUACAAAAACUAUCCAUCCAGUACGCAUAUCCCCCUAACCGGGGUCCCUUCUUUCUUACUGUUUCGCGCAAUCCCUAGCCUGAGAUCCCCAUUCUGCCCUAUUUACUUUCGCACGGCGCAAAGCUGCUGAACUCCCCUCUCCGGUAGAAAUCACACGCCUCCAUCGCUACAAUUGGGGGCGGUCUUUCUAACCAAGUUCUUCUAGCAGCCAAGAUAAUCAGGUCUCCAUCUCCACCUCCACCCGGGCUAGAUUGUUUCGCUACUUUCUGGCACAGCCACUGCGAAAAAAAGCCACAUUCACGCAACCGCAUGCUAGAUCUUCAUAUGAUAUCAUCAGGAAUGCUGGUCAAUUUGUUGCCACUGCCUUUUACAUGUCAAACUGCAUCACUAUGCUUCUUUUCUUCUACUAAUGUUUCAUCUACUUCGGCAAAUUUGAUUCUACUUCAACUGAAUCCAUCAUAUAGAAUUACAGCUCGUAUCAAACUUCCUUUGAAGAAAAGUUUUCUUAGUUGUAACUUUUCAAUUAAAGCAUACAAACCACUAGCAACUAAUCAACCACAGACCACUAUACAAGAAGACGAGGAUAGUAAUAUUUGGGAAGAAAGUAAACAAUCACUCUCUGCCUUGAAUUUUACUGUAGAAGAAGCUGAUCUGAUACUCAAGAAAGCUUUUGGCUGGAUUCACUCACCUUAUUGGGGCGAAGAACGAAGGAAAGAAACUCCUCAGUCUGUUUCAAUUAAAGAGAUGUUAGAUUACUUGAAGAGUUUAAGCCUUUCUGAUGAUGAUAUCCAUAAGAUACUAAAGAAGUUUCCUGAGCUGCUGGGGUGUUGUCUUAAUGAAGAAUUGAAGGUCAAUGUUGAGACAUUGGAGAGGGAAUGGGGAAUCAAAGGAAAAAUACUCAGAAAUCUCCUUCUUCGCAAUCCCAAGGUUUUAGGGUAUAAUGUGGACUGCAAAGGUGAUUGCAUGGCUAAAUGUACUAGAUGUUGGGUUCGAUUUUAGGAAAUUUAUGAAUGCAUUGUGUGGAAGGUAUUCAAAUCCAUACAUGGAAGUGCUUAAGUUUUUGGUUAGUAAAGCAAAAUUUGUAAAUUCAUAAUUUAAGCUCAUAUUAUAGAAAGGUUAUGUGUUAUUAUUUCGCUUGUCUUAGUCUACUAACUCGUAGAAGUUGAAGUUCAUUUUACCUGUGAGUGAAUAUGGUACAGAUCUAAAAUUUA